UGUACUGUACUGUACUGUACUGUACUGUACUGUACUGUACUGUGCUGUGCUGUGCUAUGCUGUGUUGUGUUGGGUUGUGUUGUGUUGUGCUGUGUUGUGUUGUGUUGUAAUAUCGAUCAGUUAAUGAUUUAUUUUUCUUUAAAGAUUUUAAGAAAAAUCAAAACCUGAUUGUCAUGAUAAUUGAUGUUUCCUAUGAGAAAUAAAUGAAAAAUUUAUGUUUACGGAAAAUACAUUGGACAUUAUCAGUAACAAUCUGAUAUGGGAGAGAACAAAUUAGAUCCCAGUGGAAGAAGAAAUCAGAACGACACGCUGGAAGUGAAUAGGACAGAUGUUGAGAAAAGCAACCAACUGCGUCACAAGGCAAGCCCUCAUGUGGGAUCCUCAAGGUCAAAGGAGGAGAGGAAGACCAAAGAGCAUAUUAUGCUGAGAAAUGGAGACAGAUAUGAGAGAAAUGAACAAGAAUUGGAUAGAACUGGAAAGGAAGAUCCAGGACAGAGAGUGAGUUGGAGAAUGUUGGUCGGUGGACUUUGCUCUAUUGGGAGUUACAGACGUAAAUAAGUAGGUAAAUAAAUAAUUUUGUAUAUACAAUGUUUGUUGUAACUCCGCCUGGAGCCUCUCUGGAGCUACUGCCGAUUCGAGACCUGGAUAAACGAGGAGGGUUGGGCAUUGGGUUGGCGAAUCCAUCCCACAGAAAACUAACUCAUUGAAAACGCUUUAUGGUUUGUUAUGUCCAGACGAGGAUGAAUGGAAGAUUAUACAUGGAAAGAUAGUGAAGAAAGUGGUACAUCAUCACCAAAAUAUACAAAUGAUGAUUAUAUAUAUCGUUUAAGACGUACAGCUAAAUCAUUAGAUGGUGAUAGAACAAUGAAUUUAUCAUUAAAUCAAAAUGAUACAACACAAUUCAUUGAAACAAAUAGACAAUUCAAUGAGUUAUUAAAUUGUUCAUAUACACAAAUAACAGAUAGGAAUUCAACACAACAACAACAACAACAACAACAUCAUCAUCAUCAUCGUCAUCAACAGCAGCAGCAGCAGCAGCAUCAACAACAACAACAACAACAUCGUCAUCAUAAUUCUAUGCUAUUAUUGAAUAAUAGACGUUUACCAAUCUAUGCAACAAGUAAACGAUUACUUAAAGGACCAGAUCAUAUAUGGGUACCAGUAGGACAUUGUCGUUAUUUAUUAGAAAGAGAUUUACAUACAGGUGAAAUACAAUGGAAUCCUGAAGGUAAUGAAAUUAUUUGUACUCCUAGAAGUUUAGCAGAAAUUUGUAUGGCACGUUUAAUUCGUGAUUGGCCAUGUAUGCUACCUACUCGACGUUCAUCAUUACGUAAUAUAGUGAAUUUCUUAUUUAGUUCUCGUGAUAUACAAUCAAAUCCUUCGACACAGAAUUUUCCUACUUCAUCGACUAUAUCAACAGAAGCAUCAACAUCAGGAUCAGGACGAUCAGCAAGUUUAUCAUUACGUGAAUCUUGUUCUAAAACUGAUCGUUGUAAAACUCAACAUAGAAAACUUAAACAAAAACAUUCAUUAAAUAAUAAUCAUGAUCAUGAUCAUGAUGAGGAUGAAGAUGAGGAUGAGAAGGAGAAUGGUGACAAUAAGAAUAUCCCUAAAACUAAUCAUCAUUAUACAUAUACACCUCCAUUAACAUGUCAUGAUUUACCAGUUACUGUAUUAAUGAAUUUAUUAUCUGAAGCAAUAUUACAAAGAGAUUGUUCAGCAAUUACUGGUAUUAUAGCAAAUUGGCCAUGUGAACAAUUAAUUAUAAAACAAUUAAUACCAAAUGAAGAAUAUCCACUUAGUUUAAAUUAUAUGACUAAACCAACAUUUGUAUUAGUAAGCCCUGAAAAUGAAUAUGGUCAUCGUAAUAGAUUAGUUAAAGGACCAAGUUUAUUAGAUGGAUUUAUAUUAGGCUUUUUAACAAGACAAUCUGGUUGUAAAUUAAAAUCAGUUGAUUUUACUGGAUUUGAAGAAGAUUGUCGUGUAAGUAUUGAAUUAUCUCGAUUGCCUAUAUUAUGGAUGAAACCAGAAAAUCGUAAUUCUGAAAGUGUACGUAGACAUUUAAUGGCUAGUUUACAUAUUGGUAUACCAAGAAAACGUCUUGAAGCUUAUUUUUCUAGAAUAUCUACUAUAUAUGCAUUUCAUGAAGCUGAUAUUGGACAUGGUGAACAAUUUGAUACAGUUACAAUUCAUUUAGAUUGUAAUAUGACAGUAGAUGAAGUUGCUCUUGGUUUAUCAUUACAAACAUUAACACCAUUUCGAUUUUCAUGUAAUCGUUUAUUAUUACAACGAUUACCGGAAAUUCAUUUUCCACCGUAUAGUUUAAUAAGAUUAUUUGAUCCAUUGUCAAUUACACAAUUCGAAUUGGAAGAUCCUACAAUUGGAAGUAGUAUAGCUGUUGUUCUACCAUCUGCUGUUGGUUGGUUAAUUAGUUUACGUAAUUUGAGAGCUUGUUCACUACCAUCCUGUAUACCUCCACCUCCAGAUGUUGUACCGAAUACACCGACAUUACCACCAAGUGUUGUAGUAUCGAAUACGGGCAGUUUACAAUCAAACUCAUCUCAACAAUCAAAUACUGUAUCAUUGUCCUCUUCUUCUGGAUCCUCAUCAUCAUCAUCAUCGUCUUCUUCUUCUUCUUCUACUUCCAACACUAACAAUGCAAUUGGUGCUAAUAGUAGUAACAAUAACAACACUAGUACUUCUUCUUCAUCAGUGUCUUCGACUACAACAACAAAUAAUACAUUACAAAAUUUUACUACACCAGCAUUCACUUCAACAGUUGCUGCAUGUCGACUUUUAAACAGAGCACUUGUAUCAUUAAGAUAUUUACAAAGACUUGGACUGGCAAGAUGUCAUUUAACUGGACAAUUAAAAACUUUACUUGGCGGUUUAAGUCAACCUUUGGAGUAUUUAAAUUUACAGGAUUGUUGUCUUUCAUCUGAAGAUAUUCAUUAUUUAGUAUAUCAAUGGCGUCCAUUGAAUGGUUUAUAUGAAUUAAAUCUUUCACGUAAUAAUUUAUCAGUUGUACCAGAUGAAACACUUUAUGAACUUGUACAAAAUGUUUGUCUUAAACCAAGAGGUCGAUUAGUUUGUUUAUCAAUAGCUUAUACAUGUUUAUCAACUGAACGAUUAAUUGAUUUACUUAGUCUAAUGGCUGGAAUGGAUCCAUCACAUAGUUUAAAUGAAAAUAAUGAACAUGAUAAUAUGAAUACAAAUGAUAUAGAUAAAUGGAUUGAUAAUGUAUGUACAUUAAGAGUUCUAUGUAUUCAAUCAUUUAUUCCACCAACUCAAUUACAUAUUCAUCGUAUAUUAUAUAGAAUAAUACAUUUACCUAAAUUACAUAAAUUACAUAUAUUUCCAGCAUUUUAUGCAUUUCCUGGAGAUACAGAAUUAAAUCAACGUGAACAACGUAAUAAUCAAUUAAUACAUAGUCGUAAUUAUUUAAAACAAAGAUGUCGAUCCGAUAUUGAAUUAUUAUAAAUUGUAAUUUUGUUUUUCUUUUUUUUGUUUUGUUUUCUUUCUUUUUUCUCUUUUCUUUUUUUUGUUUUUUGUUUUUGUUUUUUUCUUUUUUUUUUGCUUUCUCAUUGUGAUUUUCUAAUGAGAAACAAUAAUGAUCAAUUAAUUGAUUAUGUUAAUGAGAUGAGAUAAGUAACUAGGAGUUCAUUACUAAUCAUCAGUCAUGCUGGUGGUGGUGGUGGUGGUGGGGUGUUACCAUGAUCAUCACCAUCAUCGUUUGUUUGUUUGUUUUCUUUCUUUUGUAUAUCUUUUAAUGAAAGAAAAAACGUUUGAAAAGUGAUACACAUUGAGUUUUACUUUUUCUCUUUUUUUUGGUUUUUUUUUAUAAAGAAAAAAAAACACAAAAUUAUUUCUAUGUGAAAAUAUUUUUUUUGUUUUUUUUUGUUUGUUUGGUUUGGUUUCAUUUCAUUUCCAGUAUAAAAAGAAAAAAAAAUAAAUUUUAUGCAUCAUUCAUUGUGUUUGUUUUGAUUUGAUUGAUUGUUGAAUUGAUUUAUUAUAUGUUUAAAUGAAAGAGUUAUAAAGAGGCCCAACUGUAGUUGCUACCUUGAUGUGGUGUAGUCAGGCUUGCCUGUUGUGAUAACUCAACUAAGCUACAUUGGCUGGAACUGUGUUGGGGACGUUAGAUCCCUAGAACUCACUUGGAAAAGGACCUAGUUUUGUAAUUUUGUUUAGAAAAUUUGAAUUUUUUUGUUUUUGCGCCAAAAGUACUCUUUUCACCUUCAUAUCGUGUUUCUCACUUAGGAAAUAUCUUCAGUGCUAUUGGUCCGUUGCGUCUAUUAGUAUGCUAUGUGGUAACUCUCCCAAAGGACGGUGUUGUGCUGUAUAUAUACGUUUUGAUUUGUGUUUGUUGUUAUUGCUCAUUUCUAGUUGUUUGCAGAAUAUACUUCCCCAUUUUAAGCUUGGACUUCUUCCUCUAGUUAGCGGGGCUGGGACUAAUCAGAAUAUCUAGCUUAUUGAUCUUUGAUCACCGAGUCUUUGUUCUCGUUCUCAGAUUAAGUGAACUUGUAAUAGCUUCAAAUCUAGCAGGAACAUAUGUUCCUGUAGGUUCUACCAUGUUAAGCAGGUUGAUUGGAGAACGGUAAGACUAAAAGCAGCAAC